GCUUAUUUCCGGUAGGAUCCGUGGUCCGGCGGCUGAAGCGGUACGAAACCGGCAUUGUGUAUAGAUCUUUUCCAGAAGUGAGCAGACAUGGCGGCGGCAUUUCGGAAGGCGGCUAAGUCCCGGCAGCGGGAACACCGAGAGCGAAGCCAGCCCGGCUUUCGAAAACAUCUGGGCCUGCUGGAGAAAAAGAAAGAUUACAAGCUUCGUGCAGAUGACUACCGGAAAAAGCAAGAAUACCUCAGAGCUCUCCGGAAAAAGGCUCUGGAAAAAAAUCCAGAUGAAUUCUACUAUAAAAUGACCCGGGUUAAACUCCAGGAUGGAGUUCAUGUUAUUAAGGAGACGAAGGAAGAAGUAACUCCAGAACAGCUGAAGCUAAUGAGAACUCAGGAUAUCAAAUAUAUAGAAAUGAAAAGGGUUGCAGAAGCAAAGAAAAUUGAAAGACUAAAAGCAGAGCUCCAUCUGCUGGAUUUCCAGGGGAAGCAACAGAAUAAACAUGUUUUUUUUUUUGACACCAAAAAGGAAGUUGAACAGUUUGAUAUUGCCACUCACCUGCGAACAGCCCCAGAACUAGUUGACAGAGUCUUUAAUAGACCUACGAUAGAGACCUUGCAGAAGGAGAAAGUGAAAGGAGUUAACGAUCAGACUCGACUUAAGCGGAUAGCGAAAGAGAGGCAGAAGCAGUAUGAUUGCCUGACGCAGCGGAUUGAGCGUGAGAGGAAAUUGUUUGUUAUUGCGCAGAAAAUUCAGACUCGCAAAGACCUUCUGGAUAAAACUCAGAAGGUGAAAGUGAAGAAAGAAACGGUGAACUCCCCAGCUAUUUACAAAUUUGAGAGUCGUCGGAAGCGUUGAAGUUUAUAGAUAAGGCUUCUCAUUCCACAUGGAGCAGAGUUUACAUUUUCUUCUCCCCGUAACUUCAAAUUCCAUUGGUCGAAGUGACUUGGUUUUCCUGUUUGUAACCAUAAUUUUUUUGUAGAUUUGACAUUUGAUAUGAACACCAUUAAAGCCCCUUCCCCCAUCUGAA